UGAAAUCGCCAUGCUGCUGGGUGGUGGCAACAUGGAGAGUGACCUGAGCCUCCAGGAUAAAAAAGACUUGGACAAGUUCAUCAAGUUUUUUGCCUUGAAGACCGUUCAGGUGAUAGUCCAGGCUCGCCUUGGUGAGAAGAUAUGCACUCGCUCUUCUUCGUCCCCUACUGGUUCUGAUUGGUUUAAUUUAGCAAUCAAAGACAUCCCAGAGGUGACUCAUGAAGCCAAGAAAGCACUGGCUGGCCAACUUCCUGGCGUUGGGCGCUCAAUGUGUGUGGAGAUAUCUCUAAAGACCUCAGAGGGGGACUCUAUGGAGCUAGAGACUUGGUGCCUGGAGAUGAAUGAAAAGUGUGAUAAAGACAUAAAAGUGUCGUACACAGUCUACAACCGUCUGUCUGUCCUUCUGAAGUCUCUGCUGGCCAUCACUAGGGUAACACCUGCCUACAAACUGUCCAGAAAACAGGGGCAUGACUAUGUCAUAUUAUACAGGAUCUACUUUGGGGAAGUUCAGAUGAGUGGAUUAGGAGAAGGUUUCCAGACGGUGCGCGUUGGUGUUGUGGGCACCCCUGUUGGUACUAUCACACUGUCCUGUGCCUAUCGCACCAACCUGGCGCUCAUGUCAAACAGGCAGUUUGAGCGAUCUGCGCCAAUCAUGGGGAUCAUUGUGGAUCACUUUGUGGAUCCUCCCGGUGCAAACCAGCGACCUGCAAAUAUGGGUCAGCCCUGCAACUACAGAGCACCAGAUGAUGAUGGAGGAACGUUCUCAGGGGUUCAGGAUUCACAGGAGGCUUGCACGACGUUCUUCUCCACUUCUCCCCCGUCUCAGUGUGUCUGUACACUGAGUCCUUCUCCUUCUAAGCUGUCUAAAGCCCUCCCUCUGGACAGUCCACAGUUCCCACUGGUUCCUGGACUUGUAACUCACACUCUGUAUACCUCCAGGUUGUCCUACCAGCCUCCUGUCCAUGCAGCAACUGCUGACCUAUGUCACACUGCUGCUAAUCAAAACCAGACAUUGCAUGCUGGGAAGGAGGAUGGGGUUAUGUUACAUCCAGCACAGCCUCACCGUGGAGCAGAUACCCAUCUGACAGUAGAGCACAUCACCAAUACAACUGGAAGCAGUGGUGACAAUGAAAUUUUGUCCCUGAGUGGAGAGGGAAGGAGGAGCACUUCUCCCUCAGACCCAGUCGAGUCGCUCAGUGCGUUCACAAGGAAAGUGGGAGCCUUUGUCAAUAAACCCAAUGCACAGCUAACUGCCACGAUGGACUUGCCAUUUGCUGCAUUUGCUCCCAGAGGCCUGGACUCUGAGGACAAUGACCCAAUGGUCCACCCGCCAGACUCUCCCACCUGCCUGUCCCCCCUGCAGGCCAGCCUGCGCUCGCAGGGCUCAGAAGGAUCCGCACAGCAAGACGACUUUGUAAUGGUGGACUUUCGGCCAGCUUUCUCCAAGGACGACUUGCUACCCAUGGAUUUGGGAACCUUCUACAGGGAGUUCCAGAACCCACCACAGCUCACUAGCCUCUCACUUCACAUCAGUUCCCAGUCCAUGGCUGAUGAUCUGGAUUCACUGCCAGAGAAACUGGCCAUCUAUGAGAAAAACAUUGACGAGUUUGACGCUUUUGUGGACAUGCUUCAGUAGAUGAGGAUGAUGAUGUUUGGAAGAUAAGCUGUCCUGCAAGAACGAGACUACAGUUGCACUCGAAAUCAUUCCAAUACCAAUGGAGCCUCGGUUUUUGUUAGUAAUCCGUCCAUUUACGAAAAAUGAAUACAUUUUCCCAGUUCGUUCCAGGCACCCAAAAUAUAAACAAAAAACAUGUUUUAUCUACAAGAGCCACUUUUGAUUCUUCAGAGAUUGGGUCAACAAUGCGUGGAAGCUUUGUUUGGGCGCUCCAUUUCCCGCACUCGUCGAUUUUAAUUGGCCAUCCAUUGAAAACUUGUAAUGAACAAUGAAUGAUUUCUAGUGCAACUGUACAUCAAUGUUUCCAUCCCCUAGCCACUGACUGGCAUCCUCCACUGUAAAUACAAGUAUAGACACUGGUCCUGCUUCAGAUACUCGCGUUUAACCAGAACACAUUGAGCAUCAUGUCACUUUAAGCACCUGUACAAAUAAAAAGCAUGUAUAUUUAAA